AUGGGAGACAUACAACAUAGAGCUCUAUCACGAGACGAGCAUUUUAAAUGUUAUCAAGACCUAACAGGGGCUGCGUUGGCAUCGAUCUCAACAACACUAAAUAAGAUUUUAGAGGACUCAAAAACACCACUCUCUAGGGAAGAGAUCUUAGAGAAUUUAUCAUCUUCAGUAAAAUUAUUAUCCGAACUUUUCCAUUUAUUAACUCAGGCAAGAAAAGUUUUCCUCGUAGGCUAUGGAAAGGGUAUCCAUGGACCUCAGACCGAAAUCGAGACUUCCCUUAAGAUCAACUUUAAACUGGAGAAGCUCCACUUCAAGAAGAGGAGCGAUGAGGAGGAGCUUCAACCAGAGUCAGACAUCGAGAACAUCCAGCUCCAACGACACACAGACCGGUUAUCCUUCACGCAACAAGGGCCCAGCGAAGAGGCAUUACAUGCAGUCGCAGCCGCAGAGGAACAGACAUUAAAUCAGGAUAAGGAAAGUCAUUCAUCCCCUGUCAGCAGAGCUUACCCUGGUAUCAGGAGUUUUAUUAGCCAAUCAUUCAAGGAAAAGGACUUGGGAGAAGACACUAUAGAGAUCCUGUUCGAGUCAUUGGCAGAGAGUUCAAAAAAACAAUACAACACUUCAUUAAAAUAUUGGUGGAAUUUUUGUGAGGAGACAAAACAGGAUCCCUAUCUGGCGAACGAUAACACCAUUCCUAAAUGUUUGACAAAGAAGUUUUCCGAAGGCGCUUCUUAUGGUACUCUCAACACGCUACGCUCGGCCAUUGCUUUGAUUAACAAUUAUCAGAUCACAGAGAGCAAACUGAUCAACAGAUUCUUUAAAGGUAUUUUUCGAAUCAGACCAACCUUGCCUAGAUACACUUCCACAUGGGACGUCGAUCCGGUUGUAAAGCUGAUCGAAGAAUGGAGUCCUAACAGUCAAAUAGACCUAAAAAAUUUAGAUGCAGCAGAUAAGAAAGAGGAUUUAUAUAUAAAACUGUCAGAUGUGGACAGUGAUCAGAACGUAAACGAAGACAAACUGAAACGAAGUCGUCAUGACAGAUGCGUAAAGCGUAGAUCAGACGAUGAGGAGAAUUUAAACAACAAUUCAGAGAAAAAAAAGAGUAAACCUUUAAGUGUUCUUUCCAAUGUGUUGUGGACUCCAAAAGUGUCCUGUAUAUCUCUUCCUGGUACUGUUUUUAAAUCAGCAGCUUUAACUUCUACAAAUUCCGGUGAAAAUGUUGCACCGCUUCAGGGAAAUAAUCUGAAUCCCAAAGAAAACGACACUGAUUUGGAGGUAUCUACCGGAGAAUUACGAGAAAACUCCCGAAAAGAUGAGUAUGUAGACCAGGAAUUAAAUUCAUCUGAGACUGUUACUCCUACAGCAGUAAAGGAUACUACUAAACUAAGUGAUUCAGUCAAGAAAGACAACAAGAAAGCAUCAAGGAAUAAACAAGAUAAUACUUCAACUAAUCAGGUAGCAAUUCCUUCAACUUCACAAUCAACGAACAGGAAUGUGGGUGGACAUAAGACGUUAUACGAAGUUUAUCAAAAAGUAGUUUCUAUUGAAACCGUAGUGAAAUCAUUUUUUAAGGGCGAGCAAAAGUCUGGACCUUCCUUUGAUACUGAGAAAGACUUGAAAAUGUUUCCUGCAAAAAGCAUGAAAGAAGUUUUCAAAAUUUCAAAAAAGUUGAAAGAGAAAGAAGAGUUCUACGAACAAGUGCGCGAUGCUGCAGUCCGUACAGGAUAUUCUCAAAGUAUAAACAUGACAAUAAAUAACAUCUUAAAUGAUUUAUUGACGUUCGAAGCAGGAAUGUCAUUUACUUUUGAAGGAAGGUCUGGAAAAAAACCUGCCUUCAAAAAGUUAAAACUGAGAAAUAUAGUAAUUGAUUCCAUGAUUAAUUUGAAGCCCAGUGUCUCCAAAGCAGAAAUUGAUACGGGCAUUAAAAAAUGGCUGCAAAGUUGCAAGAAGAAUCGCGAUCGUCAAAUAGAAAAGAUGGAUAAAGAGAAACAACAAGAAAAUGAGGAAACGAUUUCAAUAAGUGGCGAUGAUAACGGCGAUAGCAGCACUGACACCGAAGGGAGUGAGAAAGAAAAUGAAUAAAUUGUUGAAUUUAAAAUAAAUUAAAGUAAUUAAAAAUUGU